AUGCCGGAGGAUAGCGCGAAUCUCUGGAGUUGGUCCACGUUUUCGUUCGUGGAGCCUUUGUUUGAGGUUUCGAAUGCGCGCACCGUCAACGAGUCUGACGUCUGGAGGCUCUCGCCGUUCUUGACCCACAAGAACAUAUUUACAAAAUACCUGCGAUAUGCAUCUGCACAUCCGACGCACUCCCUCUUACGCUACUUAAUCGUGUCUAAUUCCCUCGAUCUAAUUCUCGACUUACUACUGGAAACCUGGAGCGCGGUGGUUGGAUAUGUUCCGCCCUAUGCCUUGCAACGCAUCCUACAGGCCCUUUCCGACCCCUCUCCGAACGCCAAGAGCACAGCCUAUUUCUUCGCUGCUGUUGCGUUCAUUGCCAAUCUCUCCUUCGCUCAAGUGGAUGUGAACCAGGGAUGGUUCAACCGACGAUGCUACGAGCGUACAAGAGGGCAACUAUUUUGCGCACUCCACUACAAGGCACUGAAGAGGCGAGACGUGAGCGGUAAGAAUGAGCCCAAGAACGACGAUCCCUUGCUGGAAAACGAGGAUGAAGGCAAUGCGGAUCUUGGCAAGAUCGUCAACCUCAUGCAAGGAGAUGCAUAUGCCGUGGCACACCGCUUCUGGCAAUUUUCCGGCUUCUUCCUGGCCCCCGUCCGCCUGACCAUCGCUCUGGUGUAUCUCUACAGAGUUCUAGGGUGGAGCGCCUUCACCGCUGUCGCCGUGACGGUCGUGGUUUACCUUAUGAACUACCCCUUGGCAAAGUAUGACAUAUACCUUAUGCGCCAGAGCUGGAAGGCGUCAGAUCGCAGGAUGAACACCGUAAAUGAACUUUUCCAGAACAUUCGCUUCCUCAAAUUUUAUGGAUGGGAGUCCCGAUGGAGCGAACGCGUCAAGGAAGCGCGAGAGUCGGAGCUGAAAUGGCGCGUCAAGGCUAACAUCGUCGAUACAUUCAUCUCGUUUAUCUGGAGCUGGAUGCCGUCGGGCACGGCGCUCGCGACCUUCGUUUGCUAUACCGUCGUCGCAGGCAAACCGCUCACUGUCGCGACUGCGUUCACGGCAAUCGCGCUCUUCUCGUACCUUCAGGGCCCAAUGGUAGAACUCCCCGAUCAAGUUUUCGCUAUGUUGCACGCGUACGUCAGCAUGCAACGUAUUGAACGAUUUCUCAACGAGGAAGAGGUUCCAGCCUGGGCUUCGUCGUUGAAACGGGAUGUUACAUCUGCUUCGUCCAACGAGACUGAAGUGGGGUUUGAUACUGCGACUUUCGAGUGGGACAUAGCCGAGAAAGAGACGCCCUCUAGGUUCACGCUGGGUCCUCUGAACAUCCGAUUCCCUCCUGGACAGCUUUCUUUAGUGAGCGGACCAACUGGCUCUGGGAAGUCCGCGCUCCUUACGGCGCUGCUUGGAGAGAUGCACUGUACAUCAGGCCGAGUGAUACUCAACAAGGCAGGUCACCGAGUUGCCUAUUGCGCGCAGAACGCCUGGCUCGAGCAUGCCACCAUCCGAGACAACAUCAUCUUCGGCGCUGGAUUUGGAUAUGAUGAGGCUCGCUACCAAGCUGUUGUGGAUGCCUGUGCUCUCGCGAAGGAUUUCGAGAUUUUUACAGCAGGAGACAUGACAGAAAUUGGCGAGAAGGGCAUUACCCUUUCUGGCGGCCAGCGCGCCCGGAUCGCUCUCGCGCGCGCUUUGUAUUCUCCCGCGAAGGUUAUCCUCCUCGAUGACCCACUCGCUGCAGUUGACCUGCACACUGCCACCCACCUCGUCAAGAAGGCGCUGUCAGGGGACCUCGCGCGUGGCCGGACCAUCAUUCUUGUCACCCACCAUAUCAGUCUGUGCCUACCUAUUGCGGCUUAUCUCGUAGAGCUUUCGUCGGGUGCGGUAUUGCGCAGCGGCUUGACUUCGGAGUUGCAGGAGCGUGGGGAGCUGGAGAAGCUCGUUGAGGCUGAGGAUACCGUGGAAGAAGGCAAGGCAACAGAUGCGGCUUCUACAACAGACGUGGAAAACGAAGCGGACGUCACAAAGAACCCCGAGAACGGCAAAAGCAACAGCGUUGGCAAACCCGACGGGUUACUCACGGAUACCGACGCCGGAAAGCUCGUCGACGAGGAGACGCGCGCAGAGGGCCGGGUGUCGCUACGGACUUACUGGACCUAUAUUAGGGCCGCCGGGAUUGUGUGCUGGAUCUUCACGUUCGCGUUCAUGCUCCUCAUCCGGAUAAUCAAUGUCGGCUUCCAGUUCUUCGUAGCAAAAUGGGGCGAGGCCUACGAACACGGUCCAGUCUCGGAAGCUGUUGCUCUUGGACCAGGAAUUUUCGACCACCUGCCCCCGCCCGAUGAAGACGUCUGGCCUUGGCUGAUGAUCUAUCUGUAUAUCUCGAUGGCCGGGGCUCUGUUUUCCUUGUUCUACAUCUCGCUUGGAUACUAUGCGAGCCUACAAGCGUCUCGCUCGCUCUUCAUUUCCAUGCUGCAGCGCCUGUCUCGGGCUCCUUCUCGUUUCUUCGACAUCACUCCCAUCGGGCGCAUCCUCAACCGCUUCACCUCGGACAUCAAUACGGUCGACUACAACCUCCAAGGCUCCGCUCGCUCCGCACUGUCCGGAACGCUCAAUUUCCUCAUUUCUUUCUCCGUCAUCAUCUCCGUCGUGCCCUCCUUCGCACCCUUCGCGAUCUUCAUUGCAUGGCUAUACAUCCGCCUGGCGCCGUCCUACGUGCGUGCUUCGCGCGACCUGCGACGUCUGGAGUCUGUGUCGCUGUCUCCCGCGUUUGCUGGGUUCGACGAGCUGUUGAGGGGUCUGCCGCAUGUUCGUGCAUUCGGGAUGGAGGAGCGGUACCAGGACAGAUUCUACUCGCGAGUGGACAAGUUCCAGUCGUUUGACCAUGUCUAUUGGUUGAUCGCUGGUUGGCUGAACUGGCGAUAUGACUGUUUGGGUUCCGUCGUCGUCUUCAUGACGACGUUGUUUGCCCUCGGGAGCUCCGUCUCGUCCGGUUGGGCUGCGUUGGUGAUUGUCCAGGCAGGAGUGUUUGCCGACGCUUCUCGGCAACUCGUCAGGGUCCUCGCCCAAGUCGAGCUCGACUUCAAUUCCGUCGAACGUAUUGUGGAGUACCUCGAGGUACCGCAGGAGGCGCCCGCAAUCAUCCCAGAGAAGCGGCCGCCCGCUGCCUGGCCGUCGAGCAAUGGGGAACUCGUUGUGCAGGACCUCGUCGUGAAGUACGCGCCGCACCUUCCCCCAGCACUGAAGAAGCUGUCGUUUUAUGUCAAACCGGCGGAGAAGGUCGGAGUCGUUGGAAGGACCGGGUCUGGCAAGUCAACUUUGGCGAUGUCUUUUCUCAGGAUCAUCGAGCCGAGUGGAGGUCAUAUAAUAAUUGAUGGUAUUGACAUCACUACUAUCGGUCUGGAAGACCUGCGAAGUCGAAUCACUAUCAUUAGCCAGGACGUUUCCCUUUUCUCCGGCACACUACGGAGUAAUCUGGACCCCUUCAAUGAACAUACUGACCAAGAAUGCUGGGAUGUCCUCGAACGAUGUCGCCUCACAACUAUCCUCAAGGGUUCUCUACAACGUACGCAAGAGUCCCACGAGAUCACGCUGGACAUGCCCAUCAGCCAAACUGGCUCCCUGAGCGCGGGUGAACGCCAGCUAGUCGCAAUGGCGCGUGCCAUCCUACGGCACAGUAACGUCGUGAUACUGGAUGAGGCAACUUCUCAGAUCGAUAGCGAUCUUGAUGACCAGAUACAACGCACGAUCCGAGAGGAGUUCGCAGGUGCGAUCGUGAUUACCAUUGCCCAUCGCCUCAAGACCGUCUUAGACUAUGAUCGAAUCAUGGUCCUUGGUUCGGGCGAGAUUGUCGAAUUCGACUCGCCAAACGAGCUUUUACGCAGGCCGGGCAGUUCGUUCCGAGAUAUGUGUCGGGCGAGUACGGACAGAAGGGUACACCAGGCAGUCUCUGAAGCUCAUAUUCACUGA